AUUACGUAAAAGAAAAUAGUGUUUAUUAGAGGAACAAUUUCAUAAAUAAUUAUGUUAGUUGUAAUUGUAAUUGCUUUUUGUUGUAGUUUUAUUUUUUUCUAUCGGAAAGCUUUAAUAAAUGGAGGGAAAAUGUUUCCAUAUCUCAUCGAAGACAGUAAAAGAUCGUCGAAGUCCCCUUUAUCGUUAAAGGAGAAGGCCAUCGAAGAAUUAAACCAUCGAACCACCAUCAGCCAAGUACCUGUCUUGCUUCCAAAUAUUAGUUUUUUAUCUCAAAAUUCAUCGUCACCCCCUGGUAGUCCACCAAAGUCACCGACACCGAAAAAAGGUUUUCGUAACAGUACCAGCCGAAGAGACUCGUCCAGUUUCGAUUAUAAAUCGGAAGCUGCAAAAAAAGUCGAACUAAUUGCGAAAAACCGAGACGAACGUCGACAACGUCAAGCGGACGAAAAAGCUCAGAAGGACAUGAUGAUCCACCUAGAACAGAACAACCCUUAUUUUGAAUUCGCUCAGAUGAUCAACGAGUUUCGAAGCGCUGUCGAAUUUAGGCCUUUGAGAGAAAAUGAUUCUGUUGUGGAAAAUCAAAUAACUGUUUGUGUAAGAAAACGACCCCUUAACGAAAAAGAAGAACGACGAAAAGAAGUGGAUGUUAUGACUGUGAACACCAAAAACCAGCUAAUAGUCCACGAACCGAAACAAAAAGUGGAUUUGACCAAAUAUUUGGAAAAUCAACAUUUCAGGUUCGAUUAUGUAUUUGAUGAAGGUUGCAACAAUGACAUUGUUUACAAAUUUACUGCCAAACCUUUGGUCAGAACGAUUUUUGAAGGUGGCAUGGCUACUUGCUUUGCCUACGGCCAGACUGGUUCUGGCAAAACUCAUACCAUGGGUGGAGAAUUUCGGGGUAAACAACAAAACUUCAAAAACGGCAUCUACGGUCUAGUAGCAAUCGACGUCUUCAAAUUUCUACGCACCCCAAAAUACGCCCAGAAAAACUUCAUGGUAUCGGCAAGCUUUUUUGAAAUCUACGGCAAAUUGGUCUUCGAUCUCCUAGCCAAAAAACAACGCCUACGAGUGCUGGAAGAUGGCAAACAACAAGUCCAAGUAGUAGGCCUAACAGAAAAGGUCGUUUGCAAAGUGGACGACGUCAUCGAUCUCAUUCAAAGAGGCAGUUUAGAGCGAACAUCCGGACAAACAUCGGCCAAUUCGAAUUCCUCCAGGUCUCAUGCAGUUUUUCAAAUAAUUCUGCGCAAAGUUGGUUCUAAACACGUCGAAGGAAAAUUCUCCUUGAUUGAUUUGGCUGGAAAUGAACGCGGAGCGGACAACAACAAAUCAAAUCGACAAACUAGAAUCGAAGGAGCGGAUAUAAAUAAAAGCUUGUUGGCUUUGAAAGAAUGCAUUCGAGCUUUAGGACGAAGAGGAGCUCACUUACCUUUCAGAGGAAGCAAAUUGACCCAAGUGCUUCGUGACUCAUUUAUAGGUGAAAAAUCUAGAACCUGCAUGAUAGCUCUAAUCAGUCCUGGAAAUUAUUCAGUUGAUCACUCACUUAACACCCUCAGAUACGCUGACAGAGUCAAAGAACUAAUAGCCAAUGAUAAUCCUGAAGAAUUCUCAGACGACGAAGUAAUGAACGAAGACAUAGAUGAAAGCAAUGAAAUUGACGAAGACAUGAUGAGAGAUGAAGAAAAAAGAAUGCAUAUUGCUUCAAUGGAAUGGGAAAUUCUAGAAAGCAAUAGGGACGUCAUAGAAAGUUGCGUGCAUUUUCAUAAUAUGGCUUGCGAAUUGUAUAGGGCCAGCCAGAAAAAUGGUUUCGAUAAACUCGAUUACGCUACCAAUUGGAGAAAUUUACUUGCGGACAUGAUCGACAUUCAAAAAGCGGCUUUGCUGAAAGCCAACGAAUUUUGCAAUACCCUUGAAGGAUCAUUGUAAUGGAUCAUUUUUUUUAUAUAUGUUCAUUUUUUUUUUUUUUAUUUGGUACAUUUAUAUCUAUGCUCGUAUUUUUCAAUAAAAACGAUUGUACUUA